AUGGUUCCCCUGCUGAUACCGCUGUUGGGCAGCGUGGCGGCCAAGGCUGGCGAUGCGAUGGUGCGCGAGCUGCUGAGGGCGUGGGGGCUGGACAAGGCCCGCCGGAAGCUGGAGCGCCACCUUGCUGCCGUCCAGUGCAUCCUGCUCGAUGCUGAAGACAAGAGCCGCACCAACCCUGCCAUCCGCCAGUGGAUCAAGGACCUCAAGACCGCGGCUUACCAAGCCGAUGACGUCCUUGAUGCCUUCCGCUACGAGGUGCUGCGCCGCCGUGCUGCCCAGAUCCGCAGCCACUCAACCGCACGCAAGGUGUUGAGUUAUUUCAGUGUCAAUAGUCCGAUUGUUUUCCGUCUUUCAAUGAGUGGGAAGAUGAAGGAUGCCCUUAAAAUCAUAGAUGAACUGGUCACGGAGAUGAACACUUUCCAUUUCCUACAAAAUACCGAGGCACCAACCGUUAUUCAUCCGCGAACAAACUCUCAUGUUGAUAACUCAGAGAUUGUUGGCAAAGAAGAUGAGAAGGAACUAGUGGUGAAGAUAUUGCUCGAGCACUCUAACAUCAAUAACAAUAAUGAUGAUAAUACUAUUAUGGUGCUCCCCAUAGUAGGUAUGGGGGGGAUUGAUAGUGAUGUCUGGAAGAAUGGCAUCCUGACAACCACUGGGACUGUACCUGCACUACAGCUAAGCUAUGAUCACUUGUCAUCGGAAGCAAAAAUAUGCUUUUUCUUUUGUGCUAUUUUCCCCAAGGAUAGCCCAAUGGAUAAAGACUUGUUAAUCCAGCUAUGGAUGGAAAAUGACUUUAUUGCAUCAGAAACAAGAGGCCAACAAAUUUUUGAUUUACUAGUUUGUAGAUGUUUCCUCCAAGACGUGGAGAUUCAAAAGGAUCUACUCUCUGCAAAUGAAGAUGAGAAAAUCCACCGACCAACUACUUGCAAGAUGCAUGAUCUUGCUGACUCCAUAAGCGGAAAUGAUUGCUCCAUUCUGCAAGAAUCUUCAUCACAUCAGGAGAUUCUGCAAGGAUCCACAGCUGCUAGACCAUUACAGCAUGAGGCUCAACAUUUGUCACUUCAUUAUGUCAGUAAUCAAGCUAUUGCAACCAUGGAGGAAAUUCUAGCUACCCGGGCCCGCACGAUAUUAGUCCAAAGUCGUGGAAUUGAUCAACUGAAAGAUCUGAAUCUAGGUGGUGCUCUUUCUUUGUUUGAGCUGAGAAAAGUGCAUGUUGCAGAAAAUGCUAAAGAAGAUGCUAAAGCAGAAACAAUAUUAGAGGCCCUUCUUCCCCACAAAAGGCUUGAAAUUCUAGUGUUACUAGCAGAUAUCACAGGCAAUGGGUGGUUGAUGUCUGAACUGGAUAACUUUGCUGUCGGUUCUCGAUGUCGAAACGUCUGGGUGGUUGAUGGCACAAAAGGUAUAGCCAAUACCAUUCUGGUGUGCCACAUCGCCACAAACAUUCUUGAACUCAGGUCAGCAGGCUCAUGUCAACCUCCCUCUGACCAUAAGACCGCUGCCAUCCACCUGUCCCGGUACUGCGCCUACCUGGUGGCCAACUCUCCUGAGCUGCUUCCAGAGGAUGACGAGUGGUGCAAGAGCUUGUACAAGACCGUCAAGAAGAAGGCCGAGCACAUCCUUGCCGGAGUGUCAACAGCUGAAGUGGAGUAUCAGCAGUUGGUGGAGCUGAUGAGCGCUUCACAGAAUCAUGAGGUGCUCAAGGAUGGUGCCAAGCUCGGACAACAGUUGGCGGAGCUAAACCAAGGAGAGACCAGCACGGCAUGGGAGCUCCUCGCUGGCUUUUGGUCAGAGAUGAUGUUGUACAUCGCCCCAUCGGACAACAUUGACGGUCACUCGGAGGCCAUAGCCCGCGGCGGCGAGCUCAUAACGCUCAUAUGGGCAUUGCUCGCACACCUGGGGAUUUUCAGUAGAGCCGCCGGCGACCCGGCCAGCACCACCGGUGAAAGUGUGUAG